CUGUUUUACAUAGCUGUUCGACAUAAUCGGUAUUCGAUAGUUUUGGUCUAUGGUCAAGAUGGCCGUCAAGUAUCAAUAGUAGUGGGUGACUUUAAAAAGAAAACCCCAACAAUUUAUUAUAUUUCGCAUUGCUGAAGGAGAUGGGUUUGUCACAGAGUUCAGAAGUAUCCGAAAGAGGGACUUAUGGAUACCACGUGCAUGAAGUGCAGCCAAAGUCUCCUGCAGAAAAGGCUGGGCUCCAGCCUUUUUUUGACUUUAUAUUGUGUCUGGACAACAGAAGACUGAAUGAAGAGGAUGACCUGCUGAAGGAGCUGCUGAGGGCCAACUUGGAGAAAGCGGUGAGGAUGGAGGUGUACAGCACAAAAACCACCCGAGUUCGUGAGCUGGAGGUAGUACCCAGUAAUGCAUGGGGUGGACAGGGGCUGCUGGGAGCAAGCGUUCGCUUCUGCAGUUACCAGGGAGCCAAUGAGAACGUGUGGCACGUCCUGGAUGUGGAGCCCGGUUCACCAGCCGCACUCGCGAGCCUUCAACCACACACCGACUACAUCGUUGGAGCAGAUCACGUGUUGCAGGAUUCGGAGGAUUUCUUCUCGCUGGUUGAAGCCGCUGAAGGAAAACCGCUGAAGCUGCUGGUGUACAAUACAGAGACGGAUUCCUGCAGAGAAGUAGUGGUGACACCUAAUAGAGCAUGGGGAGGACGGGGCAGUUUGGGUUGCGGCAUCGGUUAUGGCUACCUUCAUCGAAUUCCAGUCAAUCUGAACGAAACGACUUCCAAACCCCCUACUCCUGUUCUGGAGAAGAAACCGUCUCCGAAAUGGCAAAUGCAUGGAUUCACUGAGGCUCCAUUAAUGGCACCUUCCGACCAGGGUGAAGUGGACCUGAAGCUUGAGGACUUUCAGGAAACUUCUCUCCCUCCCCCAAUUCAGAGGGUUAUGGACCCCGACUCCAAAGUGUCAGGGUUUGUGGACCGGUUGGCUCCGUCGAUGUCAUCUGUAGACGUGGACCACGCUUCGUUGGCCAUGCACGAGGAGAAGUACGGUGAAAUCUCCGGCGUUGAGGAGCUGGAAGACAGUGGCCUGCUCUCAUCUUCCGCAGAUGAUCGCAUAGAGCCCCGCACGCUGAGCUCCCAGGCUGCCAUGGAGCUCAUUUCUGCUCUCGAUUCUUCUGACAUGUUGUCAGACUCACAGGAAUUCACGCAUGACCCAGUCACGAAGUCUGGAGACUUCCAGAGAUUGUCUUUACCUGUGGACGCAUUUGACACUCCAGUCGUGUCCUCGCUCUCUGCUGAAAACCUAUCCUGCACAUCUUCGCUCCAUGUCUGUUCCUCAGUUGUUGACGAGUCAGUGACAGAAGAUUCUCCCACGGAGCUUCUAGAUGUUUCCCAGUCUUGCGCCUGUGAACGCGGUCAGGAGGUAACUAAAGAUACACACACGGGUUAAGUACCAACCAACACAUGGGGUAACUUUUACAGAAAUUUUAAAACAACAACCACGAAAAAAAAACACAUUUUAAACUUUUUUUUUAGUCCCUCUCAGUCGGUGUCUUUAAUGAGUUCGAAUGAUUGGUUUAUUUAUAACACUGAAAAAAAGCAUCUACCCCCAACAGGACAGAUACAAAUAACACUAAUUAACAUGUGUUUUGGUGCAGGUUGCAGGACUUUAUUUCUGUUACGCUAAAGCAGUGGUUCCUUAAAUGUGCGUGUGCGAGAGUAACUACGACUUUAAAUUGUAAAGAUCUGUAACACUGAUCUAAAUGUGACUGAUUGAAAAAAAAAAACAUGAACAUACUUUCUACGUACACUGUACAAUAUACUAAAAAAAAAAAACUAAAUAAAACCAGCAAUAAUUGAUGUUUUCCUCAAACAAAUCAGAGAUUUAGGAAACAUAAUUAAAAUAUCAUUUAAAUCCAAAA